CUACUGACUGCCCUCACUUGGACAAAGUCUCAAAGGAUUUGAACAUAAACCCCAGAGGGAAAACUAAAGUCAACAGAUAUGAACAUGAUGCCAACCAGCAGAGAUGGGAAGAAGGUGGACCUGUCCAGGCUGACUGACGAGGAGGCUAAACAUGUCUGGCAAGUCAUACAGAGAGACUUCAACUUGCGCAAAAAAGAGGAAAACAGGCUUGGAGAGUUAAAGACUAAAAUUGAAAAGGAGGAGAGCAAAACAGAGCUGUUGGGGUCCCAGUCCAAUCUGUCUGAGUCGAUCUGCAUACGAUGCCUUCAACCCUUCAAGUUUCUGGUGAACAGCAAACGUCAAUGCCUGGACUGCCACCUCUUCACCUGUAAAGCCUGCAGCCGUUACAACAAGAAAGAGUGCGGAUGGGUGUGUGAUCCCUGUCGCAUGGCCAGAGUUUUAAAGAUCGGCACACUGGAAUGGUACCACGAGAAUGUGCGUUCUCGUUUCAAACGUUUCGGCAGUGCGAAAGUGAUGAGAUCCCUGUACAAGAGACUAAGUUCAGAACGCACCCGCUCUGAGACUGACCUAAGGGAGCCUCGUGAUGAUGACACCCACAGUAUGCCAGAAGUCUACGGGAGGUCAUAUGGCCAUGACGACGAUCACUCAGACACUCUGGAAAGAGGAUCCAGCAAACUGAAGAGGAAAUCCAAACGUCUGCUUCCUGUAGACCCUGUUCAUUUUGAUCCAGAUUACUCUGCAUACUCCAGACGCCACUCAUUCCAGGACAAUGGGAGCUUAGAGAAUCUGGCACCUCCUGAGUCAGCGAAUGUGGAGAAGGACUUAGCAUCAGUCUUCCAGCAGAUCCAGAACUGCUUCGGCCCUGGCUCAGACUAUGAUAAUCGAUGGGAACGGGAGAGAAUUACACACUUUGAUGAUGGCGUGUAUCCUGAGCACAGGAAAAAGCGUGCACAAUCCCACGUGAAGCACAGGCAUUCGUACUGCGGAAGCUACUUUCCAUUUUACGAACGAUCCCAGAGUCUAGACAACCCGUCCGAAGAGGAGGAGAACGAUUACCUAUACCAGCCCCUCACCCACCGGAGCAGUCAGGUGUCCCUGGAAGAGGACCCAGGCCCUGUGCCUCCUGAACAGAUAUGUGAGCUCAACAAGCGCAUGUCUGCCAUCGAGAGUCUUCUCAACCGUCUGGAACAUAAGAUGACUACAGACAUACCACCGGUGCCAGUGCAGCCGACUGCAGCAGAUCUGGAAGAGGAGAAGCUGAGAAAGAAACUAAAUGAAUUGACAGGCAACAUCAGUGAUAAAGGGCUUUCCUCAGAUGAGGAUGAGUUCAAGAAUGUUGAGUAUGAUCCACCCCGAAAAAUAGAAUCUCCCCAUUUGGUGGAAUCUCCAAGAAGGGCUGAGUCCCCCAGAAGGAUGGAAUCUCGCAAGGUGGAAUCUCCACGUAGGAUGGAAUCUCCACGAAAGCCGGAGUCUCCGCGAAAAAAGGAAUCUCUCCAAAAGACAGAGCCUUAUAAAUCUUGCCUGAAGACUGACUGGUCAGUCGAGCUGACCCACCCACUGAAGGAGAGCACCAAGCGGCGGCGCAGCAGCGCCACUACACAGUUUCAACUCGCUGACCUUGAGGACCAAGUGGCUCUGGCCGCAGCAAAAGUCCAGAACACUGAGAGUGAGAUGUCUGACAUCCAGAGCAGGAUCGCUGUGCUGAGUGUGGGUGGCCCAGAGAAGCCCUGGAGGAGGACUCAACAGAACAGACGGCUCUCCCAAGAUUUUCCAACGAAAUCCACUGGCUCAGUGUCCCGCAGGAAGUUAAGCAUCCUUUGAGAGAAAGAGAGAGUGGACCAUUUACAAUCACAAUGGAGAGAUUGAA